AUGGAGUUCUUGGACGAAGACGCGAGACCGAGGUUUAUGUUUCAGUCAGGUGCACCAGCAGCCACUGAAUCACAGCCUUACGAGAAACCAACGAAGCCGUUAAUCGCUGUAACCGUUGCAAUCUCUUCAAUUUUCUUCGCUCUCGCUAUCUUCGUUUUCCAAUCGGAACCUUACACAUCGAUUCUCAUCUGGUUCGCACUCUCUCUUCUCAUUGGUCCUUUUGCUCCGAGCUCAAUCACCGGCGGUGAUUUCCGUGUCGGACGUGGUCAUGUCGUUAAUUUUCCUGAUCAGGAUACAUCAACCGAUGAUGAAGACGUCAGGAAAAGAUCUCAGCAGCGCCGAUCUAAGCCGCGUAGAUCGGAGGAUGUUGCGGCUGUAGUUGUUCCGGCGCCGGUAGUUUCAAACGGAGGUGCGUCGAAGAAUCGAAAUGGUAAUGGUGACGGAAGCGGUGUUGCAUUGACGGCGGUGGUGGAAGAAACGGAAUGGAACGAAGAUGACAUUGAGAUUUUGAAGAAGCAGAUGGUGAAACAUCCGGUGGGGAAACCAGGACGGUGGGAGGCAAUAGCGGAGGCGUUCGGAGGGCGGCAUAAGGCGGAAAGUGUGGUAAAGAAGGCGAAGAAUUUGGGGGAGAAGAAGGUUGAUGAUUCGGAUUCGUAUGAUCAGUUUUUGAAGAAAAGAAAAGCGUUGGAUAAGAGACUUGUUGAAGAAGGAGGAGGAGAAGUAGCGACGGUUGAGAAAGGUGAAAGUGUUUGGAGUUCAAAUGAGGAUAUUGCUUUGUUGAAUGCUUUGAAAGCUUUUCCUAAAGAUGUUGCAAUGAGAUGGGAGAAAGUUGCUGCUGCUGUUCCGGGAAAAUCGAAAGCAGCUUGUAUGAAAAGAAUUGCUGAAUUGAAGAAAGGGUUUCGUACUGCGAAAUCUGGAUCAGAAGUUUAGAUUUGAAAUUCUCAAGAUUUGUUAUCUUGGUAUAUGAAUUAAUACUUGUAACUCAUGCGAAAUUUUUGUAUUCUAGUUAUUUGAGUAAUGAAUUGUGUUGAUAAAUUGUUUUGAUGAGUAA